CCGUCAGGGACCAGCGUGAGUCUUCAGCCUGAGCGUGAAUCAGUUACAAGAGAAAUGAAGACAGCUCUGCAACACACCGACAGACCAUCGGAUGUUGGAAAGACCAUGGAGUCCCUACAGGACAACAACACCCAACUAAAUAUCGCCAUCACAGGAGAAUCUGGUUCUGGUAAAUCCACCUUUGUUAACGCUCUCAGAGAGCUGUCCGAUGAUGAUGAGGGAGCUGCUCCUACUGGUGUUACAGAAACCACCUCAGAGGCCACACCGUACCCCCAUCCAAACUAUCCCAAUGUUACUUUUUGGGAUCUCCCUGGAAUCGGCACCACCAAGUUUCCAGCUGAUAAGUACCUGGAGCUUGUUGGAUUUGAGAAGUUUGACUUCUUCAUCAUCAUCUCAGCCGUUCGCUUCAGAGAAAAUGACGUGAAACUCGCUCAGGAGAUUCAGAAGAUGGAGAAGAAGUUCUACUUUGUUCGCUCAAAGAUUGACAACGAUUUACGAGCUGAAGAAAGAAGUCAGAGAGAGUUUAAGGUGGAGAAGACUCUUUCACAAAUCAGACAAGUCUGCAUUCAAGGACUCACAGGAUCAAGCAUCAAGACUCCGCAGGUCUUCCUGGUGUCCAGCUUUCAGCUCCACCAGUAUGACUUCCCACUCUUACACAAAGCCUUAGAGAGCGGCCUUCCUGAAGUCAAGAGAGACGCUCUGCUGUUGGCCACGCCCAGUAUCAACCGCGAGAUCAUCAACAAGAAGAAAGAAGCUUUCAAG